GCCAGGGUCAUUUUAGCAAUGGGCGAGGAAGGAAGAAGGCAAUUGCGGAGAUCCUGCUUCCAUCCGUUCACUUCUACCCCUAAAGACCAAGAAUAAAGACUAAGGACUUUUGCUUAUCCUGACUCUGGCUGAUUCUAAGAUAUCCUGGGUAUUAGCGCGGUCAUCACACUAAAUAUGUUUUGGUUUGAAGGGCAAAGAGGUGGGAACUAUCAUAGAAAUGCUUCUGUUGCAAGAGGUCCAGAUGCUGCAGGCUCUACACCGGUCCCUGGCCAAAAGCAUCCCAGAAUCCCUAAAGGUGUAUGGCUCCAUUUUCCACAUCAAUCGAGGAAACCCCUUCAACUUGGAGGUUCUAGUGGACUCUUGGCCAGAGUAUCAGACCGUCAUUACCCGGGCCCCAAAAAAGAAAAUGACUGAUGAUAUGGAUCAUUACACAAAUACUUACCACAUCUUCACCAAAAUUCCUGAAAGAUUGCCAGAAAUACUGGAAUCCGAUAACAUCAUCAACUGGGAUCAGAUUCUCACUAUACAAGGUUGCCAACAAGGCUUGGAUGAAAAGAUAAAAAGUAUUGCAGCUUCAAAGGCAGUACAAAUAGAUUACUCCAAGAGAUUUCUCUAUGCCACAGAAGCAAUACUACAAUUAAAGUCUUCCAAUACAAGAAUGUUUGGGAGAUCCCAUGAAGAAAUUAUCCAAAAUACUGGAAAGUUUAGGAGCAAAGUUGGUAACCUCAAACCUACCUUAUUGGAUGUCUCCCAUUCUGAGCUGGUGAACAACAACUGGAAAUUUGGAAAGAAUGAGAAAAGCCUGAGAUAUAUCAAAAGCUGUAUCCAGAACUUUCCUGGAUAUUGUCUGCUCGAUUCUGAGGGGAAUCCCAUAACUUGGAGUGUGAUGGAAGCUACAUGUGAAUUAAGAAUGGCCUGUACCUUGCCAGGCUAUCGAGGCAUGGGCAUCUUAGGGGAGAUGAUGAAAGCAUAUAUGCAACAUCUUCAUCAGAAUGAGAUUCCUUUUUAUCUUCAUGUAGAAGAUAUGAAUAAGAAUUCCCACAAAGCAGUGAGGCGCCUUGGUUUUCGUGCCAUGCCUUGUGAAUGGCAUGAGUGGAAAAGCAUCCCAAUUAGAUUUCAGCAACUGCCCAAGUUCUAACUCGGGCUCCCAGUUUUGAGUUGUGCACUCCAUUUUGUAUUUUAUGCCUUAGGUACAGACAGGAUGUCCCUAUCUCAUCCAGGCUAGAAAUGCAACAUCAUUCAUGGUUCCAGCCCCUCUGCUGACAUGCACAGAAGCCUUGACCUGCUCCAUUUCUAACCUGGGCCAGUUCAUCCCUUCUUCAGCAUCUUUCUGGUCUGUGGAACUCAGAAGUCAGAAGGAGUUGAGCUCCUGCUCAAGCAAUCCACUAGACUCAGCCUUCCCUAAUCCAUGCUCUGCCAAGCCCAGCCUUCUUUUCCCAAUUUUAGCAUAGAUACUAGAGACAGCAUCCAUUGGGGUAAACCUUUGAAUAUUCAGGACAAUGGCCCUCAAUUCAUUAAGCCAGUUUUAUGGAGUUCAAAUAGUACCCAUACUUCAAACUAACUCCUUGGAAACCUCUCUGGCUGUCCUCCAUGGCUAGAAUACUCUCCCUUCAAUCUCUACCUGGUUUCCUUUAGGAGUGAGCUAAUGUCCCACCUUCUAUAAGAGUUCUCCCUCCAUCCCCCAUCAGUACAUUUUCCUUUCAGAUUACCUUCUAUUUGCUCUGUGUAAAUCUUGUGUUAAAUAUUAGCUCCCCUACUUGAAUUUUGAUUUGUUUAUUAUU